CAGGAGACGUUCGUGUGUGUGUAUGUGUGACAGGAAUGUGGAAAUGAGCAGAAUGAGUCCAAAACUUAGCUUUUUUCUGCUCGUCUUUUUGUUUUUCCACCAUGAACUCACCGAGGCCCAGAAGAAGAAAGAGACCCUGCUGUCGGAGAAGGUCACUCAGAUGAUGGAGUGGGCCUCCAAGCGAGCCGUCAUCAAGAUGAACGGGGACAAGUUCCGCCGCUUCGUCAAGGCUCCGCCCCGGAACUACUCGGUGAUCAUCAUGUUCACGGCGCUGCAGCCCCAGAGGCAGUGUGGCGUCUGCAGACAAGCUGAUGAGGAGUACCAGGUGCUGGCCAACUCCUGGAGGUACUCCUCCGCUUUCACCAACAAAGUCUUCUUUGCGUCUGUGGACUUCGACGAAGGGUCAGACGUCUUCCAGAUGCUGAACAUGAACUCUGCCCCGACCUUCCUCCACUUCCCCUCCAAAGGGAAGCCUCGGCGCGCCGACACCUUCGAGCUGCAGGUGCGAGGCUUCGCGGCCGAGCAGCUGUCCCGCUGGGUGGCGGACAGGACGGACGUUCAGAUCCGCGUCAUCCGGCCGCCGAACUACGCCGGGCCGCUGCUGCUGGGACUCCUGCUGGCCGUGAUCGGAGGCCUGGCCUACCUGCGGAGACACAACCUGGAGUUUCUCUUCAACAAGAACGUCUGGGCGUUCUCUGCACUGUGUUUCGUUCUGAUCAUGACUUCAGGACAGAUGUGGAACCACAUCAGAGGACCUCCGUACGCACACAAGAACCCCAGCACCGGACAAGUGAGUUACAUCCAUGGGAGCAGUCAGGCUCAGUUUGUGGCAGAGACACACAUCAUCCUGCUGUUCAACGCUGCCAUCACGCUGGGAAUCGUGCUGCUGUGUGAGGCCGCCACGUCCGAGCUGGACAUCGGCAAGAGGAAGAUCAUGUGCGUGGCAGGGAUCGCUCUGGUGAUGCUGUUCUUCAGCUGGCUGCUCUCCAUCUUCAGAGCCAAGUACCACGGUUACCCUUACAGCUUCCUGAUUGGAUAGGACACACACACACACACUCUCCUCCAGCUCCCACGAUGCCGCUCACACACACGCUGCCUUCGUCCGACGAGCCCCGUCUGUGUGAGCAGAGGAGGGUCCGGUCCGUCUGGUGAACGGCCAAACCUACGUCCACCCGGUCCGAGGCGGGACGUCUCUGCAGGGGACUUUAUUUUGUUUAAAGGUGGAAAUGUUUCCAGGAUGAGGUGUACCGGUGGCAGGUUCUUCUAUUUAUAACGCGCUGUAAUCAGGAAUAAAGCUGAUUUUGGUUGUGAAGAACUUUGCUCUUUAAAUCUUCUCAACAUGUUUGAAGAGACAGGAAGUGACAUUUCUCUCUCUCACACUCUCUCUCUCACACACACUAAACACCCCCAGAAGAUUGUGUCUUAAGUGUUAAUCAUGAGGUUUCAUGAAGACCCUUCUUUUGGAGGUCAGGUGGGAGGAGUCACUAUAUCAAUAAACGGAAUGUUCUUCAGGUUUAAUAAAUCUAACUGAUGGAUCGAAUGUUAAAUAAAACAUAUUUACUAAUGUUU